AUGUUAAUUAUUAGCACGUUGUUGUUUUUAGUGUUUACAAACACUAUAUCUUGUAGUGCUUCGGAGGAUAACUCCAAUAACCAAGACAAGGCAUUAGAAAGUUAUAGAUACAAUCACCCGCCAUUAUUUGCGCCAUAUGAUUUUCCAGAUUCUGAAAAAUAUGAAGUAAGAAAAACACGAGAUAUUGAAGAUAUUGAGAGUAAAAGUUAUGAAACAGUCGCAAGACCAGAACUUGUAAAAUUGCCCUCUAAUGAUAGAUCCCAAGGAAAAAAUCGAACUAGUGUAGUGAAAAGACGCAAAAUAACAAAACAGCAAAGCCCUUCUUCAUAUGAAGAAAAAAUUGAAGUAAAACAGAAUGUACAAAAAAAUGAUGCAGUAAUGAAGGAAUUUGUAACUGAAAGACCCUUCAGUACAUCGCCGAGUCCUAAAACGGUUGUUCCAAAGACAUUUACAAAGCGGCCCCCUGAAUUUAACCCUGUUAUGAAGAAGUUCAGACAGCGGGAUCCUGUAGUAAAAAUAGUAGAAGAGACAAACUUUGUAUAUGCUCAUAAUGGCAACUUUCAUUACAGUUUUGAAGGCGCUGAUGGAACAAAAGUGUCAAGCGUAGGUGAAUUGAAGUCGUUGGAUAAUAAUAAAACUGGCGAAGCUGUUGCUGGAGAAGUCUUUUACACGGACAAUGAAGGAAAUGACUUCAGCUUAACAUAUACAGCAGAUGAAAACGGAUAUAGACCACACGGCGCUCACUUACCCACACCCCCACCAAUUCCUAUUGAAAUCGCACGAGCUCUGAAAAUACUUGCUACUAAAACAGAACCAGAACCAGAACCCGUAACUGAAGCAACAAGGAAGAACAAAUCACGUAAU